AUGUCCUUCACCCGCUAUCCCAAGGCCCUCAUCAAGAUAAUAGAGACAUACCGCGUCUGGAUGGAAGUCUUUAGUCUUUUCCCCAACGUCAGAGAUCUUCAGAUGGAUCUUUAUGUUGUCAACGAACUAGAGGGAAAUAUGAUCCGAUCAAUUCUGACCCAAAUCUCAAAUAGCCCUGCUUCAGAAAAACUUCAGAGUUUAAACAUCGAACGUAUACCGAUCGAACGGGGUUUUAUCCAUGAUCUUACUCGUCCACACGGAUCCAUUUUGGUUUCAACUUUGGGAAUCUAUACCAAUUUACCUCUAGGUGCUCGGGAAUACUAUGAGAUAUUACCACGAGAAACACAAGAUUUCUUGGGUCCGCUGAUCAAUAACGAAACAGAUAUAUCACUACCGGUACCAAAAGGAUUAACCAAGUUGGGCGUUUCCUUGAAGGAAUUUAGUCUAGUAUCAAAUCCACACUCAUCAUUAGACUUCAACGUUCUAGUUCAUUCCUUGGCCGGUUCUAUCAAAGAACUAAGGAUUAUGGCUGACAGAUUCAUCCACACGCAAGACCCAACUUCCUCUAUAAAUGUUUGGCCAACGACCUUUUCGGCUUUGGCAGCGAUUACGAUCAUAGUUGAUGGAUAUUCUUUACAUCAUCUAACGGAUAUUGGUAUCUGGCUCCCAAAUAUACAGUUCUUGACGUUAUCAAACGGUCCUUCAUAUCCUUACCGUCACCGGAAUCCAAAUAUACUAGCACUUCUAUCGGCUCAGGAGCAGAUGCUGUGUAAAGCCAUUGAACACCUUAAAUCAUUGAAAAGAAUAAGACUACCUUGGCCUUAUACAUAUGAAGACCAGUUAAAUAUCGGUAUUGAUAGCCUCAAUCAUUGGCCAAAGGUAUAUUUCAGCAGCGAAAGAUUGAAGAGUUUGGUCGGCAAGUGGGUGAAAAGUGGGUCAUCUACGUUGGAGAGGGUUGUGUUCGUAAUAGAAUACUUCUCUUCGAAUGGGAGACAUGAUAAAAUUCUAAGAGUAAAUGUUCUAAGGGGGCCUGAGUUCGAAGAAGGGUGGAAUUUAUGCUGUCAAGAAGAUCACAACUAUAUCUAUAAACCGUUUGAUCGAGAUAUUUUGGUAUAG